UUAAAAAAACAUCAGCUUGCUAUAAAGUUUGUUGAUGUAUUAAAUUCAUCGUAUCAGGUAUAUGCAUUAACUUUUUUAAUAAUAGUUAUUGGAACCAUGAGUGUAAUUGGACUUCGAAUCCUUUAUAUAUUAGACCAAUUGGAAACAGUGAUAAAAUUCGUGCUUAUAUUAAUGGUAUCAUUGAGUAGUCUGUUGAUCACAUGUUACUCCGGACAGAGAAUAAUGGAUGAAAGUCAGAAUAUAUUCUAUGGAGCAUAUGCUGCAGAAUGGUACAAGUUCUCACCUAGACUAAAAUCUUUAUUGAUAAUAACUCUUUACAGAAGUAGUACACCAUGCGAAUUAAAAGCAGGCAAUAUGAUUCCGUUAUCCAUCGCGACUUAUGCAACGGUGGUACGAAUGUCUAUGUCUUACUACACAGCGUUAUUAUCAAUACAAGACUGAUUAUUGAGCGUUUAAUUAGUUUUUCAUCGAUACAUCUUGUUUUGUCUCAAUGACAAUAAAUUAGUAGUAAAAAGAUUUGCGGUGCUAUAUUUAUUCAA